AUGAAUAUUCAAGGACUGCCCAGUCAUUCUUUUCAUAAUGAAACUGAUGAGGAGUCAAUAUAUAAACUCACAAAAAGUACAAUAAAGCUGAAAACUGACCUAGAAGCAUGCACUAUUUUGAAUAAAGUAACAUCCACCUAGGAUCUGAUUUCAAAAAUCCAAGGAGAUUUCAAGCAAUCUGAGCUUCUUAUUACCAAGCUAAAAAACGAGAAAAUCCAGCUAAAGCAAGCUUUAUCUGAUACUUAUAAUAAGAAAGAGGAGCUUUAUUCAAAAAUGCUUGAAUAUCGUGAAGAGCUGAAUGUUGAAAAAAAGAAAAAUCAAGAUCUGCUAAUAAAACUGGACGAAAUUGGGGAAAUUAAAGCUCAUAUACAUGAGCUUAAUUCAAUUAUGACUGCUAAAGAGCAGCAAUGUGAAGGAAUUAUCAAAGAAAAUCACUCUUUAAGAGAAAAUCUUGAAAAAUUAGAAAUUGAAGCUUCAAGCUGAAAAGAACUUUAUGAAGCCAACAAGACAAAGGACACAAAAUAUGCUUCAGCUAAAGAUAAUGGAGAACUUGAUAUAGAAAUUCAUAAUGUCUGGAACUCAGCUAUAAGAAAACUUCAGAAAGAUUCUGAAUUUUACAGUAUCUUUAAAAAAAAUGCGUCAGGGCUAAGCUAUUUUUCAGAGCUUUUAGAAGGGGGGAAAUGAAAAGAAGCUUUAUUUAGAAGCUUAUGCAUACUAAAUGACAUAUUAACCCCUCAAGAAAUCAAUGUAUCUAAAUCUGUCCAAACAACUGAAGAAGAAACCAAACCAAAAGUUGUCCACAAAAUGCAAAAAACUCCUACAUUUACAGUAUCUGAAAUAAAGCAAAUAAAAAUUGACGCCAAAAGUGACUGUUCCUCACAAGUCCAUUAUCCUCGGUCUGAAACUCCUGAGCAUAUCAUAAAAGACAGAGAAGAGCUGCUUCAGAGCUUGGCAAAGCAAAACCAAAAGCUUUUGCAAUUAAAUCAACAAAUAUAUGAUACAAUGUCUCAAGAAAAUGGAGGCACAGCCAAGAAAAGGUCAAAAUGGAGCGGUGUUAAUUCUGAAGCAAGCCUUUCAGCUGAAAAAUAUGAAUUAUUUGACGAAAAAGAAUGCGUUAAAAUUGAUAGGGAUAUGAAAAUGUAUUAUGAUGAUAUUGAAAACGAGUGAAGCUACCCUAGUUCUGAAGACUCAGAUGAGAAAAGCAAAAAUCAACGUAAAGGAGUUUCCCGGAUUAAGCAAUUUCCAUCAAAACCUAAUUAA